UAUCACCCUCUAUCUCAGAUCUUGAUAUAAUAUUCUCGCAAAAAACCCCUCUUCCCUCAUACCUUAUCAGUCCCCCCAAGUUCCCCGCAUCAACCGGAUCAACGGCUAUCACCAUGAGCUCAAACGCGGAGUCAACACGGGACGUGCUCCGAGUGGAGCCCAUCACGGACCCAGCCGACUUCGACCGCUUGUUCCAAAUCACCGCCCUCGCCUUCGGCCACCAGGUCAACGACGGCGUCUGGUGCGCCAUGAACCCCGGCUGGGACACGCCGGAGGGCCAAAAGAGCGGCAGCGCCCGCUUCGCAGCCCGCUGGUCGUCCACCACAACCGACCGACACGGCCGUCCCAACACCAUCUUUCUCAAGGCCGUUGUCCCACGCCCAGAAGGUAGCGCCGCAGGCGACGACGAAAUUGCCGGCGUGGCGAUCUGGGUCCAAGCGUCCCAGGUGGCCGGAUACGGUGACGCUCCUGUUGUCGAUAUCGGUGAGACGAUGGACCUCGAAGCACUGAUCCCCGGGAACCCGGCCGAGCAACGGUAUCUGCGCCAGGUGGUGUUCGGGCUGCAGCGCCGUCGCAUCGAGUACGUCCGCGAGAUUGCGGGCACGGACUCCCCCGCGGUGCUGGUGCUGGAUCUAUGUGCUGUGGACCCUGCGUUCCAGCGGCGGGGGGUCGCGACGAAGUUGGUGGAGUGGGGGCUCCGCGAGGCGCGGGAGCGCGGUGGGCUGGAGGCUGUGCUGGAGGCAUCGAGCAUGGGGCGGCAUGUUUACCGCAAGCUGGGGUUCGAGCAGGAUGGCGGAGAGUUUGUGUAUGAGGUGGAUGAGGAGUUUCGGGAUCGCGAGCGGCCGUCGAAUGUGUUUAUGCGGACGGGAAGACCGGGGCAGUGAGGGAUUUAGACCUCAGUGCUAGAGAUAAGUUCGUUCGUGGCCGUGGGAUGCUCCUUAACCGCCUUGUGAAUAGCAUGUGUUGUGUACAUACAAUGUAUCUCCAUUAUCACACAAUGGAAAAUUCAGCUGGGAGCAGCUGGG